GUGUGGUAUAUUUCUACGGUAUUUCGCACGGUCACACAGGAUCUGUAAAAAAUAAAAUAUAGCAAAUAGGAAACACAACGCAGAGGGCGAAAUAAGUAAAAUACAAGCCGAGCAAAACCUACCAGGCCACGAUAAUGUAAUCAUGCACGGCCGCAGUCAGUUCGGGCAUUGUUUUGUACACCAGCAUCUCGUAUACUUAGUAAAUUUCACGUGCUAAAUUCAGAAGAAAUCCCCCCACAAUUGCUAAACGAAUCGACGAGGGCUAGGUAAUCCCAAUCCCAAUCCGCCAAUCAACGCGAUGUCCAGGAGAGAAGCCAGUCUGAUGGCCUACGUGACGGCGGAGGAGCACCUGCUGAACUGCUACUCGCCGCUGGAAGGCGACGAGGUGGAUGGAGAACCGGAAGCACAAGCGGAGGCAAUGGAAUCUCCAGCCGCCGGAACGGGCGUGGUUCGCCUGGAGGAACCCACCGCCAGCGGCUCAGAACUGGAUCCCGCGGUGGACAGCAUGAUGCACGUGAUAUCCGACGAUUCGGACAUCCACAGCCUCAUCUCGAGCGGCAGCGGCUUCAAGGGAUGGGCGGAGGAGCACCCGUCCACUAGUUUCGUCAACCAGGGCGAACAGCGCUACAUCUACGGCCUGUGCCGGCACAUGGUGGACACAGAGGAGCCACCUGCUGCUGCUCCUGCUCCAGAAUGGACCACCUGCACGCCGGCCAAGCGCCAGUGCACCAGCCACGAGGUCAUCGAGAUCAAUGACUCCCCCGAAGCUGUCCAGGAUCCCAAUGGCCUGGCUCUACUACAAGGAGCAGUCAACAAUUCCGGCGUCCUGCUGACCAACGGCCACAUCGAUCAGUUCGCCAUGAUGCCGCACGAGAGCGAUGACGCGGAACACGAACUUCAGAUCGCCGAUGAAAGCGAACAGUGUGUGAUCUACGAGUCCGUGGAUGGCGAGAAUAUGGUCGUGCUGGCGGAGGAGCACUGCUGCGAGAUCAUAGUGGCCACGCAAGGAGUGGCCUGCGAGCAGGAGUUCGCCAGGGCCAUCCUGAUGGCCGGAAAUGGAGCUGGAGCCUUGCUGGGUCUGCUGCCCGAGGAAGGUGAGGCAAACGAUUGCCUAACUGCGGCUGCUUACAUCGAGGAGGUGGUGGAGGAUAUGGCGACUGAAAACAAUGUGUACCUCAGUGACGCAGCGCUGGAACAGCCGAUGGUGCACCAGGAACUGGUCGAGGACGAGGCGCCCGAGGAGAACGAGAACGAGAAUGCCACCUUCUUGGACGACACGCCGAUGGAGGAGGAACGGCCGGACAUCUGUCAGGUGUACGAUCACGAAUUGGAGGACCACGACGACGAGGAAGACGAGCAGGGCAUCAUGCAGCAGGAACCGCCUUCGAAUAAUCUGCUCCGGAAGUUGCCCCGCGAACACAGCAGUCCCACGGAAUUCCCGGUCAGCUCCUCGUCCAUGCCGAACGCCAGCUACAACUACGACUUUGAGGACGACUCUCCGUCCAAAGUGGCGCCGCUAAAGCGAAAAUACCCCCCGCUGAUGAAGAACACGCUCCAUGGAGAGGCCAUGGAUAGAAGGCUAGCAAGCAUUUGCCAGGCUCAGCCGCAAAUGAGUCCCGCCGAGAAGGUAUCCAGUUGGCAGACGGCCGCCAGUGGCGAAUGGGCGGCCGUCGAGGAUGUGGAGAGCUUUGAGGCCGCCUUCGAUCAGCACGAGGCUGUUGCGGCGCCCCACAAGCAGCACAACUUUCUCGAAUUCCGCGAAACACUGGCGCGCAACAUGGAGAAGGUUAGCCGCGAAAUUAUGCAGACCUCGGACGAAUCGACGCAGGAGCUACCCAGCUCCCAGUCGGCGGCGGAGCGGCCAGUGCAUCGCCGCUAUCUGCAAAUCCUGCCCACCGAGGAGACAAUUGUGCUGGACGACGACGACGACGAUUGCUACGAGGUGGUGGGCAUGGACAAUGCCUCCGUGACCACGUUGAUUCCCGAGGAGGAACUGCAGGAUGAUCAACAGCCGGAGGAGGAGGAAGACGAGAUGUUGCGCCCCGAAGUGUCGGACGUUAAGAACACAGAGACCCAAACCUCUGACCAGCAGAACCUCACCAAGGAAACCUCUACCACAGACUUGGAUAGCAGCGCGGUUUUGGACCCGGUUCCAUCCACAUCCAAUGCUCAACCGUGCGUCGCUGUUCCGGAAGAAAUAGGCGACUUUAUGCAGCCCAUCUCCAGCGAUCGCGGACCUUCAGAGGAGCGACAGUUGGCCAGCGCUGUGCUGGAUGUUAUGCGUCAGCAGGUGCAGAUACAGCAGCAGCAGUUCUUGGAGCACAAGAUGCAGCAGCAAGAGCCACAAAUGGCCGCCGAUCAGGUGCCCUACUGCCCCAACAAUAGUAUGUUCUACGAGCAGCAGGAGUUCUGCAACUACUUGGGUCUCACCGAACUGUCCACGGCCAAUGCAGUGGCCACUGCGAUGCGGGAGCUGGCCAACAGCACUGUGGCCCGUCGAUCGCUGCGAGUGCGACCCCAACAGCAGCUGGACAGGAUGCGCAGCGAUGUGCGUGGUAAGAGGCGGGAGAGAGAGCGAGAACGGCAGCAGCAGAAUAAGGACAAGAAAGUACCACUGACCACCAGUAGUGACCUGAGCACCGAUAAAGAGGAAACCCAGCCGCCUCAGAUAGCGGAAUCCGUUAAAGGGGCGGAUGAUGAGCUCAGUUCGAAUGGUCAGUUGCCUGCACAGCAUCAGCGUCAGUUGAAUCAUUUCUACGACUCAUAUUUACGAGAAGAGGGAGAUCGAGAGCCAAACAGAUCCCGCAAAUUACUAGAAACCGACGGGAACAAGGAGGCUCAUGAAGAAAACAAGCAGCCUGAAGAUGGACGCGUUCAUGCCGUUGAGGCAGCCUUCGCCAAGAUCUACGAGGCAGCCGCUCCUGCCCAAUCCAAGCUGCUGGAGAGCAUGCAGCAACGCUUGCGCCAGGCGCGCGAGACCAAGCCCUCGAUCUACAUCAUCAAGGCUACCAAUAAUGCCUCGCCGACGGGGCCAUCGCCGGGCAGACAGGACGACGGUUUUGGUGAUGUCAGAGCACCGCGUCCAUCGGCAGUGAUCUCGCGACCUGUGAAGGCAGCCAGUCCAGCUAAAGAUGCUCCGCCACCAGCCGCAUUACCAAAUACUACAGCUGAGUCGCCGAAAACCCCGAAACAUAGGAAAACCCAUGGAGUUACUAAGAUUGCAACGGCCACAAAGCGACGACGCACUACCGUGGGAGCUCCCAUCGCAGGAAAGCCCGCUCGCGUUCGCGACCUGGUCACCCGUUCCACCACGCAUCUCAAUUCGAAGCUACUGCGGAACCGCAAAGUCAGUCUGCUCAAGAGCUACGCGCUAACGGAUGAACUGGCUCAGGGACGAGCCAAGCGGCUGAGCGGCGGCACAGCGCAAGGAGCCAAAAAGGUGCAAAUGCCCAAGAUUGUAAGGGCAGCCUUGAAGAGACCCGAACCGGCGGAUAAGAGUCUUCCCGAACAGCAUCGCCUGCAACAGCAGCAAUUGGCACCGCCAAACAGUCCACGCAAGUUGAAAAGUGUCAAGGAGAAUAGCACGAAUGCCACGACAAAUGACAAAACGAAAGCUAUCAAUCGCCUUACCAAACGAACCAAGAGAACGCGCGCCAAAUCCAUGCCUGCUAAUCUGGAAACGGUUCCUAAGCCUGUUCAAGCCGCUCUGCCUACUGCCACAGUGUUAAGGCUGCCGGAGUUGACAAGAGAAGUGCCCAAGGAGUCGCUAAUUAACUCCGCUGCCGCAGAAGCUAUAGAAGCCACCCACGUUCAUUCCCCUUCCACCACCGCUCAAUCGCCUUAUGCACAGCCCGUGCUUAUUUACCCGCCUUCGCCCACAUCCCCGCCGCUGAAUUCUAUGGUUACGGAACCGCCUCGCCCGCGGCAGCAGGCCGGAAAGGCGCAUCCCUCCGACCCAGUCCUCGCCACUCCUCCCGGCGGCCUCCUGCGGCUCAGCGAGAGCUCCUCGACGCUAGCGAAUCCACUUUCCGACAAGCACGGUGCGGUUCUCUACAUGUACUACGAACUGGAACAGCUCAUUGUGCUGCAGGAGAACUGCGUUACCUUCUGGAAGUACUCCAAAGUGUUCAACGUUCUGCACCAACCGCGGCACCAGGUAUCCUUCGAUGUUUCAAGGAAAUCACCCACACCACAGCCGCAACAGCCAAAUGCUUGUGAUGCCAAGGACGCAGAGCAGGAACUGGAUGUUGGACCGCGAUGGGUGUACCUGGGAAGAGUGCGACGCGUUACUAGAGAAAAGGAGAUUUUUACGCCGUUUGGCAGCCGCAUUUGCGUGCACAACUCCACGCCGGUUUACCUGGAAAUGCGCAGCAAGCCGCAUGACCACCAUAAGCGGGAGGUUAAACUAACGUCGCUGCACGUGAAUGUGUACUACUUCUGCGAGGAGGAGCUAAGGCCUCGGAUGCACUCUGUCCACUUGGACGCUGUCAACUGCGAUUGGUCCCACGUCAUAUACACAACCAUUGCGGAGUCGCGUUACUUUGUGAUGGCCUGGCAGCAGGAACUGGUGAUGGGCAAGCCGCGAUCGGGCAUCUGCAAGUACUCGCUGACGCCCACUCUGGAUACGCUGGCGUCGAUUAGGGAGUUCAAGCAGCUGCGCCACGAGCUGCGUCACAUCGAGUGCCUGUCGGAGGAUCGGCUGAUUGGCUACGGGCAGACGCGGAUCACUGUGUGGGAUCAUCGCAGUGGCGACACGCUGAUGAACUACGAUUUGGGACGUCCUUUGGGGCGGUGCCUGGCCGCCAUGCACUAUCCCAGCCUGGACAUGGACCAAAGCAGCAUGCUGGUGCUUUAUCAGCUUCUCAAGGAGGCGAACAAGCCGGGCGAGGUGCAUGUAAUAGCCUGCGAGCUGUCUCAUGCCACGCCCUCGCAUCGCCUGCUCCAGGUGCAUCGCCUACCAUCGCCGCAAUUCAAUGAGGCAACGGAGGCCGUUAACACCGGCGAUCACCUGAUUAUUAAGAGUUCAUUGAAUGGCGAGGCCUGGAUAAGUGCCGCUGAUCCAAGGCAGCUCACCUAUUUGGCGCCACAGGGCAAUGGAGCGCAGCGGUUCUAUGCCCGCCACAAGUCGCAGGUGAUCGAGAUGUCCCCGCAAACGUUGACUGUAGAUAGCAUCGCCAAUCACAUGUUAAAAUUGGCUGUCCAGCAGAAACACUUGGUGUAGACCGGAACAAAGUUUUUGUUUUCUCCUUGUUAAAAAUCACCCACAAGACACAGACACAAAACGAAUAUCGCCUUUAAUGUGAACUGUAAGAUCCCUUAAUUUGCUUCUGGCUGUCAGCCCAAAACAUGUAGUUCAAAUAUAUACGAAACUAUAA